AUGAGGUUAUCCCAUCUAAUUGCCAUCAGCUACAUUGCAUUGGCAGAAGGGUUCCUCAGCAAAAUAAGUCAACAGAUACCAUCAGGAGGAUUGACAGAUUUCGCUCUGCACGGAACAGCAACAACAACCAAUAUCAAUACAUGUGAUGUGGCCAUCUUUGGAGGAGGGUUUGGUGGUCUCUACAGCGCACUGUCGCUCUCUCGGGAGGCUCAAAAGAAGGGAAAGAAACUCGAUAUUGCCAUUGUAGAUCCCUCCACACAAUUCGUCUUUCUUCCGCUCUUGUAUGAUUUGACGGUGGGAACGGCAACUUCGGCCGAAGUGUGUCCCACCUACAAAGACAUUUUGAAAGGAACGGGUGUGCGUCACAUCCAAGCGUCGUUGGAUUGUUUCACCUCGGACGAUUUCCAAUCGGCAACCUUGUUUUUGUGCAAUCAUAACAAUGAAAUAAGCAACAAUUCGACGAAACUGGAAUUGUCCUUUCGAUCGUCAAUCUUGGCCGUCGGGAGUAGCCCAGAAUCUACACUAGCGUCUGUUCCCGGUGCCACCGAGAAUGUGCAACCCUUCUACACGCAAAAGGAUGCCAAAGAAACCUCCAGAAUCUUGGAGGAUCUCGAAGAUCAAGCUAUUGGUAGUAUGCCCAAAACGUCACCACCAAAGAUUGCCAUUGUCGGAGGUGGUUAUGGAGGCGUCGAAUUGGCAGCCUGCAUCAAACGACGAAUACCAGAAUCUAAGGUUCGUUUGCUGACACGAGGGCCGCCCAUGAAGGGGACACGGGCCGAACAAUUAGUGGACAAGGCACUUUUGAAACUAGGAGUGGAGGUGGAACUCUCAUCUGUUCAAGAGAUUACCAAAGGAGAAGAGGGAAAUGACAUAUUCGUAAAACGGAAACUAGUCAAUGCUGGUGAUGAUGAUAAUGAUGAAGAAAAUGACAAGAUUAGUAAGGAACCUUGGUCAGUCGUCUUCUGGACUGCUGGUGCUGGCCCUUCGUCUCCCGUCUCGGGUGACAUGGACGGAUUGUUAAAGUCGGAUUCUGGGAGGCUCGCCGUCGAGUCGACGCUUCGAUGCAUUUCCAAUAAUCAGCAGAGCAGCGCAUCAUCAUCCUUUCCGAAGAGGAACUCGGUUUGGGCGUUGGGGGAUUGUGCCGAAAUCCUCGUCAAUAAGGAAUAUGCUGGUGUAGUAGUACCGGCAACACCCAAAACAGCUCAAGCCGCAAUGCAGCAAGCAGACAUUGUUGCUCAGAAUGUCCUUGCAGAGUUGACAGUAAAUAGCGAGGCGGCAUCCAAGGAAUUUCAAUAUCAAGAUCUUGGAACUAUGCUUUCCCUUGGAGGACCAAACGCAGCAGUAAUGGCCCCGAUAGAAGAAAGCCCAUUGGCACCAGUCUUCAAACCUCUAUUGGAUACAGCCAGGCUUGGGUUUGGGUUUGCGGAUGAAGCUUUCGUCAACCUCAGCAAAUCACCACUGGUUGCAACACUUGGGCUUUCUCCGGUUGUGGAUAGCAUCGAAACUCUGGGAUUGUCUCUUGGAGGAUACGGAUUGGGCGUCGAUAGCGACACUUCACCGGGAACGCUUUCAGGAACUCUGACUGGGGCCGCCAGACGAGCCCUCUACGCAGUGCGAAUGCCAACCAACAAGCAACGAGCAACGGCAGCGGCAUCCGCAGCAAUUUCCACCGCUGCAGCUCUAGCAAAAGAAGCAGCCCAAAAUCUUGAAAAACAACAACAAUGA